CGGCGGCUGCAGGAUGAGCUGGCCGCCUUCUUCUUCGAGUACGACACCCCCCGCAUGGUGCUCGUGCGCAACAAGAAGGUGGGCAUCAUCUUCCGGCUGAUCCAGCUCGUGGUUCUGGUCUACGUGAUCGGGUGGGUCUUUUUCUAUGAGAAGGGCUACCAGACCUCGAGCGGCCUCAUCAGCAGUGUGUCUGUGAAACUCAAGGGCCUGGCUGUGACGCAGCUGCCGGGCCUGGGCCCCCAGGUCUGGGACGUGGCUGACUACGUCUUCCCAGCCCAGGGGGACAGCUCCUUCGUGGUCAUGACCAAUUUCAUCGUGACCCCCCAUCAGGCCCAAGGCUACUGUGCAGAGCAUCCGGAAGGGGGCAUCUGCGAGGACGACAGUGGCUGCACUCCAGGGAAGGCGGAAAGGAAGGCCCAGGGCAUCCGCACAGGCAAGUGUGUGGCCUUCAAUAACACCGUGAAGACGUGUGAGAUCUUUGGCUGGUGCCCCGUGGAAGUAGAUGAUAGCGUCCCACGCCCUGCCCUUCUCCGAGAGGCCGAGAACUUCACGCUCUUCAUCAAGAACAGCAUCAGCUUUCCACGCUUCGGGAUCAACAGGCGCAACCUGGUGGAAGAGGUGGAUGCCAAAUACCUGAAGAAGUGCCUCUUCCACAAGAUCUCUCACCCGCUGUGCCCUGUCUUCAAUCUCGGCUAUGUGGUGCGGGAGUCAGGGCAGAAUUUCAGCACCCUGGCCGAGAAGGGUGGGGCGAUAGGCAUCACCAUCGACUGGAACUGCGACCUGGACUGGCGUUUGCGGCACUGCAAGCCCGUCUAUGAGUUCCACAGUCUCAAUGAAGAGAAAGACCUGGCUCAAGGCUUCAACUUCAGGUUUUCCAAGUACUUCGUGGAGAAUGGGACCAACCGCCGGCAUCUCUUCAAGGUGUUUGGGAUUCGCUUCGACAUCCUCGUGGACGGCAAGGCUAGGAAGUUUGACAUCAUCCCCACAAUGACUACCAUCGGCUCCGGGAUUGGCAUCUUCGGGGUGGCCACGGUUCUCUGUGACCUGCUGCUGCUCCACAUCCUGCCCAAGAGGCACUACUACAAGCAGAAGAAGUUCAAGUACGCGGAGGACAUGGGGCCCGAGGCGCGGGAGCGGGACCCCGCGGCCACCAGCUCCACCCUGGGCCUGCAGGAGAACAUGAAGACGUCCUGACCUCAGCCCCCGCUCCUGACUGGACGCAGCCUGAGGCUUCGGGCGGGGGCCUGGUGGAGGGGUCCCAGCCAGGGUAGAGGGGUCUCCUCUGGGGCUCACCUGCCCUCCCAGCCAGAAAGACACCAGUGUGCCAGCAGCUCAGGGGGGACGCCGGGAGAGACCUGCGCAACUCUGAGCUUUGGCUCCAACUCUGCACCCCGCCAAGCGCACCUCACCCAGCCUCAGCCUCUCCGGGCGCGGAGGAGGUGCUGGUGCUGGGUGGCCCUCGCACACUCCUCAGCUGGAGCUUCGUGCUUCUCGCUCUGGGUCCACCCAUCCCACUCUCUAGGCCCGUGCUCUCCCAUACGACACCCACUAGCCACCGUGACUAUUUAAAUUUAAAUGAAUUAAAAUGGAAUAAAAUAAAAAGCAGUUCCUCAGACCAGCCACAUUGUAACCACCAAGGAGACACGGGCGGUGGCUGCCGUCUGAGACAGUACGGACAUUUCAGCACCACAGAGAGUUCUCUGGGACAGCCUGGUUUCUCACGGGCUUGGGUUUCCGUGGGGAGCUUAUCGACCAUGCAGGCCCCUGGCCCACCCCAGACCCCCUGCACUGGGAUCUGCAAGGCGAGCAAACUCCCCAGGCCAUUUUGAGGACCUUCGUUAAAAGUUUCCUGAUCAGGUAUCAGACAGCCUGGGCCUGCAGCGCCUGGCAGGUGCCGGUAGUGAGCAGGUGUGUGGUGUGCUCACAAGCCCCACAGUGUGUCGUGCACGCGCCUUCAUGUGCACACUCACCUGAAUGCACACCCCCUUCUACCCACGCUGUGUAUUUGAACAGCUUGGGCCUUGCAAACACAACCAUCUGAUCACACCCACACCCCCAAGCACAGACACCUGGUCCAUACCAUGUCACCUCCAUGGGACACGCUUCUCCCACGUGUGUCAGGCCAGGACAGCCCUUCGGCCAUGAAUCCUUACUCAGCUACCUCUGGCCAGGUGGGAGCCUUGGCCAAACUCGGGGCUCCCUGCCUGUGGCCCAGCCCCAGCCCCCAAGGCCUGCCCAGCUCUGUCUGAACACAAGGUCGGGGGAAAGCGAGGGGUGAGUACAAUAAAAGGAAUGAGGACAAACCUCUGCCUCUGUACCUUCUUCUCAGCCUCUCUGAAACCCAUCCGUGCACUGUGGGUUGAGCUGAGUGACCUUUGAGGUCCUUCUGGAUCUGUCGGUGGGUGGCGGUGAGCUGACGCUUUGCCCUGAGACCAGCAGGGUCAGUGCUGGGGGAUAGCUCACCUCUAUCCAUGGGCCACUGUCCUGGCAGAGCCCUGAACAUUGGAGCUCUUCCCAACCUCCACACACCCCUCCCAUGCAGAGGAGGCCUGGCACUGGACAAGCAGAGAACCAGUCUCAGGAGGAGCCUCAGGAAAGCGGAGGUGAGGAGGGGGCUGGCUGCCCCAGGAGGGAGGCCUGGGGAACCCCAAAGAGGGGAGGAAGGUCCUCAGUGAAGACAGUGUGGAAGGAUUCUCCAGGGCCCUGCUGUGGGCAUGACCACUCGUCUGAACUUAGAACCACGCAGGGUCUCUGGGCACCCCAUCACCAUGCUUUGUCUAGACCACAGCCCGAUACAGUAGUCACCAACCACAUGUGGCCACUGAGGACUUAAAAUGUGGCCAGUGCAACCAAGGAAUGGAAUGUUUUAUUUUAUCCACUUGUAAUGCAUUGAAAUCACCACCCAUGGCUAGUGGCUACCACAUCGGACAGGCUCGCAGGCCCUUGGCCUUCUGCCCUCUUCCCCAGCCAGGAACCAUACUUCAGAUUUCAUAACCCCAGGAACUCCCUCUUCUUUCCUCUCUUCCUUCUCCAGCCCCACCUGCUUCUGCACCUCCUGCCCCCUUCCCUCCCAAAUGAGUAGAGGAUUCCAACUUUGUAUCCAAUCCAGUCCACAGACCUCCCAGCAGAGGCCACCUCUUCUCUCACUCCCGCCCAUGUUCCCCUGCAGCUCUGCCUGCCCCUUCACUGCUGCCUUUCCAGAAAGACCAGUUCACAUCUCCCUUGUCCCACCCUCAGCAGGUGGCCUCCAGUCCCCGCCCCCACUUCUCCCAGAUGCCCUUGCCAAGUUACCAGCAGCAUCUUUGUUGCCAAAUCCAAGUAGACACUUCAGCUGUAUCCUGCUCGGCCUGUCUGCCUCUGAUACUGUUGACCAAGUCUCCUUUAUCGAAAGAUUUCCUUCCAGCAGCUUCCAGGACCCGCCCUCUCCUGCUUUUCCAGUUAGCUUGGUGUGGGAGGAAAAUACAGGUUUCAACUGCAGCUCUGGCAUGGUCACUGUGUGUCCUUGGGCAAGUUGCUUAACACUCCAAGCCUCCUCUGUGUGUGUGGCAGGGAUAAUAAUAGCCCCUACUCAGGUCGGGAUAAGAUAAGAUACGAAGGUGCCUAGUACAGAGCCUGGGACACAGUAGUGCUCUAUCCUCUCUUUCAAUAGUGGAACCACCUAGUUGUCCCCAGAUAUCUAUUCUCUCUAUAGUGAUACAGCCCUUGGUUCUUAGCAGGACAUGUGGCUGCCUAGAAUGAAAGUUGCAUUUCCCAACCUCCUCUCCCAGCUGGGCCUGGUCAUGUGACUAAGUUUCAGCUAGUGAAAUAUAUGUGAAAGUGUCAAGUGACACCUUCUGGGAACUUUCCUGAAAAGCCAGCUGGUGCAAAUCCUUUACCCUCUUCUUCUUCGUCCUUGUCUUCAUCCCACUGCCUGGAGUGUACAUGUGAUGGCUGGAGCUCUAGCCACCACCCUGAGCCGCGAAGACAAGUGUCAUACCCAGAGGUUGCUGGAGCAGUGAGUGGAAAGAGCCAUAUCUGGAAGUCUGUGGAGCACAUCUGACAUACCAGCCCAGGACUGUCUUCCCUGAGGCCCUUAUGUGGGAUUUCUGUUACCGAAGUCAAAACUGGUACAGAAGUCUUUCCUCCUUAAAAGUGAAUAUUCUGGCCCUAGCUGCUUUGGCUCAGUGGAUAGAAUGUCAGCCUUUGGACUAAAGGG